AUAACGUCAUUUUGACAUUUAACAUUGUCACGUUUUAAAGAAAACAUUUUGUACAAAAUAAAAUGAACGAAAAACCAAUUUCAGAGAAAGAAUUGUUGGUUGCAAUCAAGGAUUUGCUUAAGAAAAAUGGAUAUUUAAGCAAAAUAAAUGCUGAGCAGGUGCGAGCUCAAGUGACGGAACUCCUCCAAGACCGGCAGACGGCUGGAGCCAUUUCAACGCCACCAGCUCCUACUGAAGACGUGCUCCUGGUCAACGAGCUGGUGAGGGAGUACCUCGAGUGGAACGGAUACUUGUAUACCGCGUCAGUGAUGAUGUCUGAAGCUGCUAUGCCGAAGGAAAAGAGAUCCAGGCCAGAUUUGUGUGCAGAAGUGGGAGUAAGGGAUGACGAGAAAUCAUCAGCUCUACCUCUGCUCUCCAACAUAGUAGCGGCUUAUACGGAAAGGAUUAAGAGGAAGAUCAAUAAAAGCAAAAAAGAUGUUUGUUAAUAAAUCAUAAUAAAUGAACUGAUCGAGUCUGAAGUGUUUGUUUUAGGGUUGGAAAUGUUUGCUGAAAAUUCUUGAAAAAUUAUAUGCUUGAAAAAUUAUA